AUGGGCAGCCAAGAAUUAAAAUACGUCUUUACGCUUCAUGUCGAUCUUGCUCGCCCUCACGAAUUUGGUCACACAUUCUCCGGGAUGCGGCGUUUCAUUCCUAUCACUGGUGGCAAGGUUGAAGGCCGGCUCAGCGGCAAAAUUUUGGCAGGAGGUGGUGAUUGGAAUGCAGCACGUCCCGACGGGGUGGUCCACGUCUUUGCCAAAUACACCAUCCAAGCUGACGACGGCGUGUUGAUCAAUAUCACAAAUGAGGGAUAUGGCCGGGCAAGCCAGCAAGUGAUGGAGGGUGUCUUUGGCGACGACCCGGCUUCAGCUUCGACAAGCUCUGGAGCUAACUCAGACGACAAGUGGUAUACAAAGACAUUUCCCAGGUUCGAGGUAGCUUCUGGAAAACACGACUGGUUGAGCAAGUCGUGUUUUGUUGGCGAUCUGCUUCCGCCUCAAAUCCCCAAUCAUGUCAAAAUAGAUAUUUACCAACUUCUGUAA